GAUUACAGGAGUGAGCCACCGCGCCCGGCCAGGUAAAUUACUUAAAUUCUUUUUCAUUUGUAACUGUGUGUAAUGCAUUAUUGGCAGAGCCACUGGGAGGACCAGAGGCAAGGAAUACAGAGCACCAAGUCCAGACAUGAUCCAAAGAAGGAUUUGAUUGCACGUCCAUCCUUUUUUGCCUUUCUGAUUCUAUCUUCUGUCACUCUAGGUCUUCAGUGUCUUUCUUCUCCAUGGUGGUGCCUGGCUGCUGUGACUCUAGGGAUCUUUUGCCUGGGAUCAGUGGUGACCAUUGUACUGCUGGGGAUACAAUUAUGCCAGGUGUCUGACCUCCUAAAGCAACAGCAAGCAAACCUGACUCACCAGGAAAAUAUACUGGAGGGACGGAGCUUAGCCCAGCGACAGGCAGAAGAAGCUUCCAAGGAAUCACAGAGAGAACUCAAGGAAAUGAUCGAAACCCUCGCCCGGAAGCUGGAUGAGAAAUCCAAGGAGCAAAUGGAACUUCGCCAGCAGAACCUGAAUCUCCAAGAAGCUCUGAAGAGAGGAGCAAACUUUUCAGUUCCUUGUCCUCAAGAUUGGAUCUGGCAUGGAGAAAACUGUUACCUGUUUUCCUCUGGCCCAUUUGAUUGGGAAAAGAGUGGAGAGAACUGCUUGUCUUUGGAUGCCCAGUUGCUGAAAAUUAAUAACACAGCUGACCUGGACUUCAUCCGGCAAGCAAUUUCCCAUUCCAGUUUCCCAUUCUGGAUAGGACUGUCUCUAAGGAAACCCAACUACACAUGGCUCUGGGAGGACGGUUCUCCUCUGGCACCCCACUUGUUUAGACUCCAAGGUGCUGUUUCCCAGAGGUACCCUGCAGGCACCUGUGCAUAUAUACAACGGGGAGCUGUUUUUGCUGAGAAUUGCAUUUUAGCUGCAUUCAGUAUAUGUCAGAAGGCGGCAAAUCUAUUGACAGCACAGUGAAUCUGAAGACUCUGGAAGAAAAGAAGGUCUUUGAAUUUUGAAAUUUGAGCUAUUCUCUGUCACUUGGGUGUCAAGCAUGAGAGCCCUGAGAACUGCCAGUUAUUAGCUGGCUGGGGAACUCAGCAGAGACCAAGGCUGCAGCUGCCUUGCACCUUUAUAUCAAAAGUUUUGUUUCCAUCUAUCUAUAUUUUUUCAUCUAGUUUGUCCCAACCCUUCCUGCCAGCCUUCAAUCCCUCUUCCCUUUUCUAUUUUAAAAUUUGACUGCUCUCCAAGCUUGGGAACCCUCUGCAGUCAGUCUUCUCUACUUCUGUGCCACCAUCCCCUCACCCUCCUAAAACUACACAGAAGACAGAACAUGGAGACUUGCCCAACUUCAGGCAGAAGGCAAAAAAGAGGAAAUAUACCUAGGAAACUGCACAUGAAGAAACAGAGAAGGGCAAAGACCACACUGAAACCAAGAAACUGUUGUUAACUUUAAAAGCCAUUGCUCUUUGGUUUUUAAAUUGUGAUCCAUUUCCAGACUCCACCAUUUAUUAAUAUGUAUACACACACACACACACACACACAUAUAUUUGGGGACAAUUGGGGAGACCUGGGAAGUAUUAAUAAUUAGUAAUUGGAUGGUCUUUUCUGUGAAGUAAUACACAACCCAUUAUCACUUCCUGAAUCAGUUAUUAUUUCUUCAUCUUUUCUCUACCAAAGAACAGCUUAGUCUCUUUAACCCUUCAAAAUAGCAUUUGUUAUCAUCAUAGGAUGUAUGGCCCAGAAGCAAAAACAGUAGAAUUUUUUUUUUCUCAAAGCACAUACCCUUUGUAGAUGACCUUUUCUCAACUCUGUUGUGCUGUGCUAUAAUUCAGAAACAUACACAAUCAAAAAAAUAAAAACAUUCAAUUCUAGAACAAACUGAGCCAGGUAUGCAAAUAUUGCUAAAUAGGAACAGAUGGAAUUGAAAUACCCCUUCUAUUUUCAGUGCCUCUGCUUCCUUUCCAUCUCCCCUCACAGCCUAUUCUACUUCAGAGGAAACCUUUUCAUUUUGCUGCACAUAAUCUAACAACAGUCAUAUAUAGAUAUGUGUGUGUAUCCAGGAAGUAUCCAGCCAUUGCUAACAUAAUGAGAACAUAUUAUG